AUGCUACCGAGAUCCCCCCUGAGGCGAGUACUGCAGCACAGAGCGCAAGCACGCCAUGCGACAACGUCAUCAGGAGCCUACAAGCCCAUGAUCAAAUUCCGUGGCAAGACCUUGCCCGAAAAUGAGUCCAACGCGGCACCCCAUCCGGCUGCACCACAGUCUAUCGUAGACAACUUUGAUGCUUUCAUGCUCAAACACGCUUCGACGGCUCGACCGGGUCAAGCUACCCCGCGACCCGAAGCGGAGUCUGCGCUGUCAAAGAGCGGUGCACCUAUUGGCAAGCAAUUGGAGAAUGAGGGCCGAAGAGAAGGCUUGGCCAAACCAGAUUUCGACGAGUUCUGGCAGAUGCCUCAGAAAUUCUGGAAGCCGAUAGAGAUGACCGAAGAAGAGAUGGCUCUAGUCGAUAGCGGAGGUGCAGUGACACAACUGGCAGAGAUAAGGCCAUGA